UAUACAGUGAGUUAGAUGCGUAUUCGUAAAGUAGUUGUUAAUUGCUUAUUUCUCCUGGCAAUAAGUGUCGUGUGAUCUUGGCUCUUAAGGUUGUAGCAUUUCUGGACAGCUGAAGCAAGACUAAACAUCAUCUGUUACAUAAAAAUGGCAGCCAAAAGCUUCGAAGAAGGAGAUCUUGUUUGGGCUAAAAUGAAAGGUUUUCCAGCAUGGCCGGGCCGUAUAGUAGAACCUCCAACAACUGAAACUUCACAGAAGACAAAGAAACAUUAUGUUUACUUCUUUGGUUCUUCAAAUUACGCAUGGAUAAAGGAUAAUAACAUUGUACCUCAUACUGACAGUAUGCUGGAGACUGGUGAUAAAAAACGUUCAGCUGCAUUGCAGCGAGCUGUUGAAGCUCUUUCAGUCUAUAAUAAAAACAAGGCUAGGAAAGAGACGCCAUCCACUCAUAAAGCUUCUCAGAGAAAUAAUCAAAUCGAGAAAAAUUUUCCUAAAAGUAAGGCACCUCGGCUUGUCAAUAAUGAUUCAAAAAAGCGUAUAGGGAAGAAAGUCCAACCUUCCAAAAACGUUAAAGUGAUCAAAACGCGUCCGUCAGUUCGUGAAUCUGAUGACGAUGAGUCUUCUUCUAAAAGAAGCAGGCUGAAUAAUGCUGAUGAGUAUUCUGCAGGUUUGGCUAGUCUUCCAUCCAACAUGAUACAUUCUCCUAUUCCCCCCAAUGAUGAUUCUAGCUUGCAUCAGUCUGUUUCACUUUUAGAUAGACCAGGCUAUGUUGAACGACCACCUACUCCUCUUCUGGAUAUUGAAACUGUUAGUGAAACCUUGAAGAUAAAGAAUAUAAAACCUACAGAUAAAAAAAUUGGUUUCUUGGGUUUAGGAAAAAUUGGUCAAGGAAUUGUUAGGAACUUAUUACAUUCGGGACAUCAAGUAACAGUUUGGAAUCGAACUCCAGAAAAAGUGGACCAUUUUGUAAGAGCUGGUGCACAUAGAGGUAUGACUCCAACUGAUGUUGUUACAGCUUCUGAUAUAACAUUUUGCUGUGUUUCUGAUCCAAAAGCAGUAAAAGGUAUCGUACUUGGAAAUUGCGGUGUAGUGAAAGCUCUAAAAAGUUGCGAUGGAAAAAGCUAUGUAGAAAUGACAUCUAUUGAUCCAGAUACUUCUCGCGAUAUAGCUGAAGCAAUAACCUCUAAUGGGGGCAAGUAUCUUGAAGCCCCAAUCAUCGGUUCAAAGACAGAUGCCGAAGAAGGCACUUUAUUUAUACUAGCUGCAGGUGAUAGAUCCUUAUUUACAGAAUGUGAAACAUGUUUUCGUGCAAUGGGAUGUCAUGCUUAUUUUGUAUCUCAUGAAAUCCCAAAUGGUUCAAAGAUAAACCUCAUUAUUAGCAUGCUUCGUGGAACAAUAUAUGGAGCACUGUCAGAAGCUAUGCUUCUUGUAGAAAAAGCAAAGCUUUCUCAGGAAGAUUUUGUACGAUAUCUUUCAUUCACAAGCUUAAAUUGUGAAGCAGUGCUGGAAAAAUGUUUUUGUAUACUUUUUAGAAAUUUUUCAGCUAAUACAUCUUUGAAAUAUAUGCAGAAAGAUUUGGAUUUAGCCCUGAGAAUGAGUCAUAAUUUGAAUCAACCUGUGCCUGUUGCUGCUGCAGCAAAUGAAGUGUAUAAGCAUGCGAAGGCCCUCAGAUACUACGACCAUGAUGUUUCUGCCGUCUAUAUGGGUCUAAAAUAUUAAUACUGUAGAAUUCAAAGUUGACUGUUACUGCUGUUUAUAUCCCCGAAGCAGAUGAUCUUUGCUUUUUAUAACGCCCAUUGCAAAUCAUAUUUUACAGUUCUCAUUAGCGAAUAUGGAUUUUCAAUUAAGUGAAUUGUUAGACCAAUAUAUUUGUGAUAUAUUUGUUAUCAUCUAAAGUGAUACUAAAUCAUCAAUGAAUAUUUUAAUAAUUUUCAUCAGUUAUUUUUCCUACCCAAAAUAAAAUCCGCUCUGCAUCUGUAACAAAAGUAAAAGUAUUCCCUUAGCAGUAUUUUACCUUUUUGUACAAAAAUAUGUCAUUGUUAAGUAAUUUAGUUAUCAAAAAAGUUAAUUUCACUAGGUUUAUUGCUUGCCAUCUGUAAGA